ACCUGUCGUGUUUAGCUAAGGAGAAAGGUGGGGGUGAGAGGAGGGUCCGUUCAUUUUAUGGGGACCGGGUACUGCUUCCUCCCUCGCUCGCUGGUAGUACGAUCAAUAUUGCGCCGGUUGCCAUGCAGCAGUUCUGGCUCGAGGGCACACUGAGCCGUCUAAAAAUCAUCGGCAGAUAAUUACAGCGAAGGCGAACGGCAAUGCAUGUUCUCCUCAGCGUGAAGUGUUUAGCUGUUAUGAUCUUCGUCAGUCUCACUCAUGUGUCUGGUGCGAUGCCAUGUCAGGACACCCUGGACUGUGCCAGAAUGAACCUGGCUGGCUACACGUGUCAGAACUUGCGUUGUGUGUGUGACACUCGCACGGAUACCGGGCUCUUCCCCUGCAGAGGCCGCAUGUUCGGUGACAGAUGCCGGACGGACUUCGAGUGCGCUGAGGAACUCAACCUGAUCUGCUCGAGGACCGAACUAAGAACGUGCCGCUGCCGCAGAGGUUACAUGUGGAACAUGGCUUCCAAAAUAUGUUUCAUGAUAGAAGAGCAUGCUUACGAUAAUGGUAACAAGGGGCUUGAUCCUGUGCGAGAAGUCAUCGUACCUGGUAUUGUCGUCAUGACGAUAGGUACCUUGGUUUACGUAGGGAUUAAAGUGUUUUGUAAUUGUGGGAAGUUCUGGAGACAGCGUAGGAGGCAGUUGACCCGAGAGUUGGAUGAAGUACCUCAUCAGCAACAGGCCACAUGGGUCGCAUCCUACAGGGUGUUCCGAUCACUGAACGGGAUGGAGACACAUUCCUCGCCAGUGCUGUCACCCAGCUCAUCCUUCCCACUACACCCCACACCCUGCAUGGGACUGUUCCUGCCUAGUGGUUCUCUGGCUGCUGCUGCCGCUGCAUCUACCACAGCCUCCACCACAUCUCCACCACCAUAUGAAGAAGCACUUAAACAUAAAGUAAUCCUCAGCAGUUUUCCAAGUGCCACGACUGUCAUUCUUCCCACAGCUCCGCCCAUACAGGGCCCACCAAACAACGUGCCAGGAGGUCCCUACAUGUGCAGUAACCCGAGUGGUCCAAACUGAACAGUUUGAGGCCAUGGUAAUAAAGACAGAAUUCAAGUUCAGGGUUGUGCCAUUAGUGGAAACGACUGGCAGAGAUGCACAGUUAAUUGUUAAGACAAUAACAAGAACUGCUUGAACAGUAACUCUGAAGGACAAAGAACCUCACAAGAAUGGAAGUUAUAGAAUUCAUUGUUUUAUUCAUAAUGGCUAGUGAAGUAUCAUGGCCUGCUUAGCGACUACAAAAUUCAAUCAUAUAUGUAAGGAUUGUGAGGGAUUUGAAGCCAUUUAAUAUAUAUCUUAUUCAGGAAAUAAGAUGCCAGCAAUUUUCUGAAUAUGAUUCUUAAACAGUUUAAGAACGCCAGAACACUAAAAACUAUUUCUCCCUUAUGGAGAAUCAAGAAAGGAAAUGUCUGAGCACAAAGAAGUUUAGACAUUUUAUGCCUUCAAGCUACCCAAGGCCAUGCACAUACAUCAUACACAAGUUUCGGAAAAUUGGUGUCACCCAUCCUUGGAUGUCUUAUUGCAUCAUUCAUUUGGACAUCGAAGGGCCAUACAAACCAUGGGCAAUUUGUAUUACAAAGUUGUCCUACAAGGAAGCAAUUUAAUAGCUGCAUAAUUCAGUUAAAAUAAAAAAAAAAUAUGUCCAGGUAAUCUGGGAGACCACACAGAGCCAGAGUUCCCAGCUCCUAGAUUUGAGCCAGAAAUGCCUUGUAUUAUGGAAGACUUGAAACAUCUUCAAAACAUCUCAUUAUCAGAUGUUUAUUAAAAACGGUCUAUAAAUCUUCUAUACAGGUGCAUAGUGACUGAUAAUAUAAAGGAAAAAUAGAGAACAUUUUGUAAAAUAAUGAUCUCUAUGUGAGUUGAAUGUAAGCAAAACUGAACACCACUGUCAGACUUUUACUGGAAAAAAUUAAGUUCAUACAUAAUUAUCAGCAAGCAACAUGACUCGUUAAAUUAAAUCAUGUUUUAUGGUUCUUGGUAUUUAGUGUUACGUGUUAACCUUCUGAUUCUUUGUGGACAUACAUAAAAUCUUUGGACUAAACAGAUAUGCAUAUGGAUAGGUAAACAUAAAACUUCCACAUAAUCUGAUGAAUGUAAGAUCUCAUAUUCCUAUUAUAGCAAAUAGGAAUUAGUAAUUAACACCAACUCUAGCUAAAGUAAAGAAAGCACAAUGAUUUUCUUUAUAUCAUGUUCAUUUGCAUACCAAAUUAUCAACCAAGGUUUUCAAAUGUUUUAUAUGGAGGCAGUUUUUUCAAAUCUUCCUAAGAUUUACUACCAACUCUGGUAUACCCUAAGUAGUAGAAAGAACUUGGCUGUGAGAGACAGCUUAUGAGCACAGUCAACAACAGGACUGAUGGAAUCUCUUGGCAGUCGAUCAGGUCAAAUAAUAUCUCAAACUUUAUGUUAGGCACAGCUGGAACAGUUAAGAAUGUUUACAUGCAGUGAGCAAUUAGCAAGACUGUAGUUAAAAAUUAUUACUUUUCAUAGUUCUUCAUCUCCUCCUUGCUUCCCAUCAAGACAUAAUGUUAAUUCAAGACCACCACAAUUUAUCAUCAUCAUCAUUAUAGCCAUCAUCCUAUAAUGCACAAUGCAACAGUAAAAGUGUACACUUCAACUGAAAUUACAGCACUAUACUGAAUAGUGUUCUUAUCAUGGUACUGUCAAGUAUCUAUUGAUAGCUAAAAUGAUAAAAUACAAAUUGUUUAUAUUUUCCAAUAAAAAUAUAAAAGAAUCAGUAUAACACCAACAGGUACGUGUAACUUCAUGUCCAGUAUCAAACACUAAUCAUUCACCAAAGUUUCGUAUUAUGCUGUAUGGCACAACCUGGAAUUUCGGGGGGGGGGGGG